AUGACUUCUUCAGUUCCUGUUGACACGCCCGAGUUGAACUACUUCCCAAAUCGAUCUCAGCUCGCUCUCUACAACGAGCAUCUCAGGAUGGAGAAGCUCAACGCCAAACGACGGGUCCAGAUGCCCAAGGAUAGAAGCAAUGCUUCGCCGUUACUCAGGCCUAAACGACCCAUGUUACACGACACCAGCACCUCGCAGGCCCGUCCAGAAAAACAGGUUCGGAUUACAAUCGACGACGACGAAAGCAAUGACGAUGAUGGAGAUAUCCAGGGAGAUGGCGAGACAACUAAACUGCAGUCCUACUUCCAUCGCCGACAGGAGCAGUCAGACUCUCCACGGAAACCAUCCUUGGGGCCAUCGGGACGGGUUCAUUCAGGACCGGGCUCCCCGGCACGACAGAAGUAUUCACCACCUAGUCGACCUGCAACAAAGCCAUCUGAAAGCCCGACUAAAAAGUCUGCGGGUUCCCUGCCUCCUCCUUCAAAGCCCCAGCCAACGAAAGCGCCAUCCCCAACUACAAGUUCGGCUACCGUGUCCCCUAUCAUUCCAAUCCAGCCCCAGAACAUGGGAAUUACAGCUGCCAAUCAUCCGCCUGGCCCAUCUGCUGUACCACCAAUACCAGCCCGCCGCGAGGGUUCUGGCACACCAGGCUCUGAAGCCUCAAAUCCUACCAACUUGUCAUUGCCCCCUCGACCGCCUACACAAAGUGGAACAACGGAAUCCGCAGCAAUAGCAUCUCCAGAAGUGACUACACCUACAAUAAAUGCCAACGCUGAUAAUACGUCUCCUGCCACACAGCAGAAUAAGCUCCCACCUGCAGCCCAAGGCAACAAACCAAUACCCGCCCCAGAAACACAACUCAACAGUACGCCAUACCAAGCAUCAACCACAUCCCAGUGCAUUAUGGGCCAGGCACAGUGGUUAAUUCGAGUCGCGCAGUUUAAUGAACAAGAGAAUAAAGCACGAGCAGAAACAGAACGCCGCCUGGAAUUCCAGAUAGCUGCGGCUACACAAGGAGCUGAGACCAAGCUAGAUGAACUGCGGGAAAAGAUUGAAGCUCAGGGAAAGGUUCUGGAUUCACAAGCCAGGGUUAUUGAUUCCCAGCAGAAAGAAAUACAGUUAUUAAAAGCUGAAAGAGAGGACGCCGCUUCGAGGAAAGAAAUCGACGAGCUAAAGAACUCUGCAAGUCAGCAGCUUGCUGCCUUUGCUAAACAGAUUGAGGGUCUGAAAGAGGAUACCAAGGAGGUUAUCAAGUUUCAAGGAAACCUCCAUAGAUUUUUCAAUGACAACACAGUGGCGACAUGA